AUGGAGAUGGAAGACUCUCGGCAGUCCGGUGAAACUCGUCCUCGUCCGUCGUCCUGGGCCGGCGUCAUGGCAACCCGUGCGACGGACUCUGAGGUUCCGGCAGAAUACCCGGCUGACAGCAGUGUUAGCUCACUGUCUACGAACUGGGCCGCUUUGGGGACAUCGUUUGAGACGUCAGCCGGGCGUGCAAUGGUCACGCCGCUCAAUAUCGAAGGGCGGCUACCUAGAGUAUAUGAAGUUUGGGAUCACGUCGGAGGGCGCAACAGGUUUUGCUGUUGCGGCCGCUGUGUAACCGGCCCAGACAUCGACUUCUGGUACAAUUUGUGCACUUGGUCGCUCAUCCUGAUACCUUCUGCAUUGUACUUUUGUUUCUGCUCGCGACAUCUGUGGAAAGUCAACCCGUUGCUGCCCAUUGUUACGGGCAUUGCACUUGUCGCGACUCUCGUGUUCUUACUCCUGACGUCCUGUACAGAUCCAGGCAUUCUACCCCGGCGGGAGCUGCGUUUGGCAGUGCCCGGGCUAGAGGAAGAAAUUGUUUCAGCUGUGGGAGUUCCACCGUUGCCAGCCGACGGUGGCUUGGACCCGGAAUGUCCUCCUUUGUCUGACUUGCAGCAAUCUCAAGGCUACCGAUGGUGUUCAACAUGCAAGAUCGUUCGACCUCCACGGGCCUCCCACUGUGCAGACUGCGACAACUGUGUGUUGAUGUUCGACCAUCAUUGCCCUUUCGUCAACAACUGCGUCGGCCAAAGGAACUAUGUCUUUUUCUCCGCUUUCUUGUUUUCCACGGGAUGCUUGGGCUUCUCCGUGGCCGUUGGUGUGGGUAUCAAUUAUUCCAGCAUCGGAUCGCUUCCCGAUCUCUGGAGGAAUCCACUGCUCUUGCUUGCGCUGGGCUUGAUUGGCAUUCCCACCGCCUUGAUGCUUCUCGGUGUCAUUUGCCUCGGCAUUUUCCAUCUGUUCUUGAUUUGCAUUGGCCGCACGACGAAGGAGGUACUUACAGGAAAAAUUACUGUGGCUGGACGGACGCUCUUGCACGAGAGAGGUGCAUCUCUCAUUCAUGCGCGGUCCAGCGUGACGCCCUUGGAGGCUUGA